GCCCAGGGCUGCCUCUCCGGCGCGCUGACAACUUCCCGUGUGGCGUCCCCGCCCCCUGGGUCGCUGAGUCUUUCGGGGUUCGGUUCGCCGGUGGCCGCCGUGGGGAGAGGGGCGCUGGGCGUGGAGAGGGGAGGCGAGUCCCCGAGCGGGUCCCGGCAGUCAUGGCCUGCGCCAUCGUCCAGUUCUGCUCCUUCCAGGACCUGCAGGCCGCGCGCGACUUCCUGUUCCCGCAGCUGCGGGAGGAGACCCCCGGCGGCGCCCUGCGGAGGGACGCGAGUAAAUCGGCAAACUGGGAAGAUGAUGGUUGGGGAGCAUGGGAAGAGACAGAAUCCCAGGAACUCGAAGAAGAAGGAAAUACUUCUAAAACACAGAAAAAUUCCUGGCUUCAAGAGUCUGUUUUGUCGUUAUCUCCAACUAAUGAUCUUAUGGUUAUAGCUCGGGAGCAAAAAGCUGUGUUUCUUGUGCCAAAAUGGAAACAUAGUGAUAAAGGGAAGGAGGAGAUGCAGUUCGCUGUUGGUUGGAGUGGCUCCUUAAAUGUGGAAGAAGGGGAAUGUGUAACUAGUGCUCUGUGUAUCCCACUAGCAAGUCAGAAGAGGAGUUCCACUGGGCGUCCUGACUGGACCUGCAUUGUGGUGGGGUUCACUUCAGGUUACGUACGGUUCUACACUGAGAGUGGUGUGCUUUUGCUUGCACAACUUUUGAAUGAAGGCCCAGUGCUUCAGCUUAAGUGCAGAACCUACGAGAUCCCUCGACAUCCCGGCGUGACAGAGCAGAAUGAGGAAUUGAGUAUCUUGUACCCAGCUGCCAUCGUAACUAUUGAUGGAUUUAGCCUUUUUCAGUCUCUUCGUGCUUGUCGAAACCAGGUGGCCAAAGCUGCAGCAUCGGGCAAUGAGAACAUACAGCCACCCCCGUUAGCUUAUAAGAAAUGGGGCCUACAGGAUAUUGACACUAUUAUUGAUCAUGCUAGUAUUGGUAUUAUGACUCUGUCCCCUUUUGAUCAAAUGAAGACUGCUUCCAAUAUAGGUGGAUUUAAUGCAGCAAUUAAAAACAGCCCGCCUGCCAUGUCUCAGUACAUCACUGUGGGGUCCAAUCCGUUUACUGGCUUCUUCUAUGCUCUAGAGGGAAGCACACAGCCCCUGCUGUCUCAUGUUGCACUGGCAGUUGCAAGUAAACUGACUUCUGCUCUAUUUAAUGCUGCCAGUGGUUGGCUUGGUUGGAAAAGUAAACAUGAAGAAGAACCUGUCCAGAGGCAGAAGCCCAAGAUGGAGCCUGCCACCCCCUUGGCAGUGAGAUUUGGACUUCCAGAUUCUAGACGUCAUGGGGAAAGCAUGUGCCUGUCUCCGUGUAACACCCUGGCAGCAGUAACAGAUGACUUUGGCAGAGUUAUCUUGUUGGAUGUGGCUAGAGGAAUCGCAAUACGCAUGUGGAAAGGGUACCGAGAUGCACAGACUGGAUGGACCCAAAUUGUGGAAGACCUCCAUGAACGAGCACCAGAAAAGGGGGGCUUUUCCCCGUUUGGAGAUUCGCAGGGUCCCAGUCGAGUAGCUCAGUUCCUUGUGAUCUAUGCACCAAGAAGGGGAAUUUUGGAAGUGUGGAACACACAGCAAGGACCUAGAGUGGGAGCUUUCAACGUCGGUAAGCACUGCAGGCUACUGUAUCCUGGCUAUAAAAUAAUGGGCUUAAACAAUGUGACGAGUCAGAGUUGGCAGCCUCAGACCUACCAGAUCUGUCUCAUUGACCCAGUGUCUGCAAGUGUGAAAACAGUGAAUGUUCCUUUCCAUUUAGCACUGAGUGAUAAGAAGAGUGAGAGAGCCAAGGACCUGCAUUUGGUGAAGAAGCUGGCUGCCCUGCUGAAGACAAAGCCUCCCGGCCAUGAUUUGUUUGAAACAGAAAUAAAGGAGUUAAUUCUUGAUAUUAAGUACCCUGCAACCAAGAAACAAGCUUUAGAAAGCAUUUUGGCAAGUGAACGUUUACCAUUUUCCUACCUUAGAAACAUCACUCAAACUUUAAUGGACACUUUAAAAAAUCAAGAGCUUGAGUCUGUUGAUGAAGGAUUGCUACAGUUCUGUGCAAAUAAACUGAAAUUGCUACAUCUUUAUGAAUCUGUCAUCCAAUUAAAUUCCCUUGAUUUUCAUUCAGACACACUGUUCUCUGAUAAUGACUUGGGCGCUUUACUACGGCUUGACGAAAAAGAACUCCUUAAACUCCAGGUGUUGUUAGAGAAGUAUAAGCAGAAUACCAAGACAGCCGUCAGGUUUUCCAGUGAUGCAGAUGAUGUGUUGCCUGUAAAGACAUUCCUCGAAUAUCUAGAGUAUGAGAAGGAUGUGCUCAGCAUAAAGAAGCUAAGUGAAGAGGAGUAUGUGGCUCUAGGCAGUUUCUUUUUUUGGAAGUGUUUGCAUGGAGAGAGCUCCACAGAGGAUGUGUGUCGCGCUCUGGAGUCUGCUGGACUCAGCCCUCAGCAGUUACUGUCUCUGCUCCUAAGUGUUUGGCUUUCAAAGGAGAAAGAUAUUUUGGACAAACCACAGUCUGUCUGCUGUCUUCAUACCAUGCUGUCCCUGCUGAGCAAGAUGAAAGUGGCCAUUGAUGAGACCUGGGAUUCCCAGUCCGUGUCCCCCUGGUGGCAGCAGAUGCGUAUGGCCUGUAUUCAGUCCGAGAACAAUGGCGCUGCCCUGUUGUCUGCACAUGUUGGGCAUUCUGUUGCUGCACAGAUCUCAGACAGUGUAACGGAUAAGAAGUUUUCCCAAACAGUUUUGGGUGCUGAUAAAGAAGCCCUCACAGACUCCUGGGAGGCCCUUUCUCUUGACACUGAAUAUUGGAAACUCCUGCUGAAGCAGCUGGAAGAUUGCCUAGUACUUCAGACUCUGCUUCACAGCAAGGGGAACCCUCGAACCACCAAAGUGUCAUCACCACAGACAGAGCCACUUCCAAGACUUUCUGUUAAAAAAUUGUUAGAAGGAGGAAAAGGUGGCAUUGCAGACAGCAUAGCCAAGUGGAUAUUUAAACAGGACCUCAGCCCUGACCUGUUGAAACCAGCUAAUAAACAAGAUAUAGAAAACCCAGAUGAACCCGAAGAAGGUAUUGCCAGAAGUUUCCUUGAGGUGUCAGAGGUGGCCAGAGACCUAGGUGCCAUACCAGACUUGCUGUGUUUAGCCUAUGAGCAGUUCCCUUGUAGCCUGGAGCUGGACGUGCUGCACGCACAUUGCUGCUGGGAGUAUGUUGUUCAGUGGAAUAAAGAUCCAGAGGAAGCACGUUUUUUGGUUAGGUCCAUAGAACACUUGAAGCACAUUCUUAAUGCACAUGUUCAGAAUGGCAUUGCACUGAUGAUGUGGAAUACCUUCUUGGUUAAAAGGUUUUCUGCUGCUACAUACUUGAUGGAUAAGGUUGGAAAAUCACCAAAGGAUAGGUUAUGCCGAAGGGACGUGGGGAUGAGUGACACAGCAAUGACGUCUUUCCUCGGUUCCUGCCUGGAUCUUCUUCAGAUUUCAAUGGAGGCAGACAUUAGCAGGGAUGAGAUGCAAGUGCCUGUCCUGGACACUGAGGAUGCCUGGCUCUCUGUGGAAGGCCCCAUCUCCAUCGUGGAGCUGGCGCUCGAGCAGAAACCUAUCCACUACCCGCUGGUGGAGCAUCAUUCCAUCCUGUGUUCCAUCCUGUAUGCGGCUAUGCGCUUUUCUCUGAAGAGUGUGAAGCCACUCACCCUUUUUGAUAGUAAGGGAAAAAAUGCAUUUUUUAAAGACUUAACUUCAAUUCAGUUAUUACCUAGUGGGGAAAUGGAUCCAAAUGUUAUUUCUGUACGGCAACAGUUCUUACUGAAAGUUGUCAGUGCAGCCGUCCAAGCUCAACAUUCUGUCACCAAGGACAAAGGUCCCACCGAAGAGGUAGCAACCAUACCUUGGAAACACCACAACUGGCCAGUUCUGGCUGUGGAUUUAGCCCAGCACCUUCAAGUGAGUGAAGAUGUCAUCAGAAGGCAUUAUGUUUGGGAGCUCUACAACUAUGGGGCAGACCUCCUAGGAGAAGAGGCAAUUCUGCAGGUGCAUGACAAAGAGGUCCUGGCCUCUCAGCUGCUGGUGUUGACAGGGCAAAGGCUGGCUCAUGCACUUUUCCACACCCAGACAAAAGAGGGGAUGGAGCUGCUGGCCAGACUCCCUCCCACACUCUGCACGUGGCUGAAGGCGAUGAACCCCCAGGAUCUUCAAAACACUGAAGUGCCAAUCACAACAACAGCUAAACUAGUACAUAAAGUAAUUGAGCUCCUACCAGAGAAGCAUGGGCAGUACAGUCUGUCCUUACACCUUAUUGAAGCUGUGGAAGCCAUGUCUAGUUUAUGACACUUAUCUACUGAGAAUAGUUGAAAACUGUGUGACUACAACAUGAACUACUGCAUGUCAUUUUACACAGUAAGAGCUGGAAUUUUUUGGAGUAUUUUUUUGCAAUCUUGGCUAAAUUCCACUCCUUUGGUUGAGACUAAGGAUAAAAUAUAAACACAUUAAUUAUGCUAUCAUUAAUACAGAUGCUUUACUGUUUAUUUUUUAAUUCAAACAAGCAGCUUUGCUGUUAAACUUUGGUAUUUAUUGUAACUAAUUAUAAUUUGCAGAUUAUGUUCUUACUGUAUUUGUUUUCAUAUCCAGACUAUCACUGUUGAGAUUAAGAAUGUUCAUAUAGCUUCCAUCUGCACGUUAGACACACCCACUUCCUUUUAAACAGGGUGAGAUUUCUGUUGUGCCUGGCUCUGUACAAGGCUGCCACCUGGAGUGCUGGGUGCUGACAGCUUCCGACCAGAGGUGCUGCUGUAAUGAGGGGCGCGGCUCUGAGGGUGUCAGAAGGGACUCAGUAGAGCCCUCAGCCUGCUGUACUUGCCAGAAUUGAGAAUCUGAGGUGUGAACUCUGCAGCAAAAUCAAUUAUAAUGUAAAUUAUGAUUUACUCUGGGUUUGCUUUGGGGGAUUUUUUUGCCAAGUUCCAAAGUUGUAUCCAUAUCAGGUAAUUGUAAAGAUGUAUUAUCUUGUAAGACGUAUGUAAAAAAACAAAAACAAAGAGUCUAAAAUAUUUAAAGUCCAGAUUUAUUUUUCCUAAAGUGUGUAGAAAUGUCUGGUUCUGGGAUUUGGGGACGCUGUCCUGUCCAUAGGAGCAGAACAGAAGAUGCUGAGUGGUACCACGCUUUAGCAAACCUACCUCAUGCUGGGCUGAGAGGAGAAAAUUCAACUAAUUUUGUACCCUAUAGUGCCUAGCACAGUCUAAGUGCUAAAUAAAUGUUUUUUGAGUAAAACCAAACUAACCAAAAGUCUGUAAAAAGUGCUUUGGGCACUGCAGACCAGCAAGUAUUUCUCACGGUGUACCGAUCAUCUUUGGAAUGUAGCCAUACGGUAGUUGUCUGGUGUCUGUCACGCAUCGCCGCUGUUGCUCAGUCAGUCGGACACACAGUGUUGCUUCACUCCCCUGUAAGAGGCCGACUGCGGCACUGGGCGAAGGUGAGGAUGUUGACAAUGAAAGCAAUCUGAUACCUGAGCACAUUCAAAUGUGAAUUUAUUCCCACUAAAAAGCUAGCUAAGACUGUGACUGUCUGAAAUUAAUUUUCUGUUGGCUGCCAGAUUCCAAAUCCUCAAAGAAGAAUGUUUCAGAUGCUGCUCAGGUGGCGGGGCCGGGAGCUGACAGUGACCAUGGUGCAUGUUGCUGUGAAGAGCAGCACUGGCAAGGGCUUGAGCUAGUCCCGCCUCCCAUCCUUGGCCUGGGUCUCCACUACCCCAGCGAGCCGGACACUAGAAUCUAGAUGCACACCCAGCUUUAACAGCCAUGGCCACAUGGGCUCUAAGAGAUGAGUUUCCCUCAUGACCUCUUAAAAUACUCUGCAAGUCAUACAGAUUUAGGAUAGUCAAGGAAACCUGGAACUGCACACUGCUAUAAAGAUUUUACUCUUAAUUCCAUUAUUACUUGGGGGGGCUGCUUGCAUUUUAAAUAAUAAAACUAGCUAAAUUUACUGAUAGGUCACAUAAUCAAAUCUGGGGUCACUGACUUAAGCUGAAAUUUGGCUCAGAAUCAUUGUGUCUUCAGUUAGAUUUUAUCAUCCAAAAAUGUAAUACAUCAUAAAAUUUUAAAACUUAUCCUAAAUUUGGUGAGGUGUUAUGGUUAACAAAAGCAGUAAAAUAUUUUACUACUUCAUUAAGGGCUUUUAAAAUAAAUCUGAUAAUAAGAAAGAAAAAGUAACACUUAAUAUGUGCAUUUUCUAACAAUGAACUGCCACAAAUAAAGGAAUUGGAUUUUACAAAGGAGGGUGUCCCUCAAAUAGGCACAAACAUCAGGAAAAUGAGCCUGUGGGUGGUAAUGUCCUCUUACUGUUUUCCUCCAAGUUACACAUUUUUUACCUUGUUAAAGAAAAAGUGUUCAAAUAAUCCUAACUCCUCUACUCCAGGUUGUUUAGAUGUAGAGCUGGAGGGGCCAGGAAAUCAGACAGCGGAGAGCACAGAGCACCAGGCUUCUCUAUGCUUCACACUCUUGCAAGAGAGACAAGAGCUGUACCUUUGUUAUAAAAGUUCAUCUAAGGUCAAAGUAAAGUCUAUUACAUUUAAAUUGCUUUUUUAAAAAACAACUGCAAUUCAAAAUCAUGGAAAAUUAAGACUCAGUAGUAAGCUUAUAUUGAUUAUAACAUUCGAUUAGAUGUUGCUGUAGUCCAUUUCAUUUAUAAACAUAUUUUUACAGUGCACUAUAGCAACAGUAAAGCCCUCUCUCACCUGCCAGAAACAGGUUUGCUGGGCAGUUAAGAUUUCUGCUUAGUAGAUUAGCCAUCCUUAGAAGAUUUUAGUCCAAAAGUGGGCUGUUUAUAAAAUGCUCUAUUAUUUAUCUACUGUAAUGUAUUGUAAGUAGCAAAAUUCUGACACACUGUUGCUUUCUGUCUGUUCAUCACUGUGAACUUGUGUAUAUCAGUGAAAUAAAUUCUCAGCUUUC